AAAAUGUGGUUUUAAGUGUCCUAAAAGGGGUUUUUAGUGCCCUUGGACGAAAUUGGGCAGUUGAUAGUUGGUGUCCACAGUUGGGUUGAUGCCGGUCGGCUUGGUGGUUUUCCAAUCCCAGCAGGGCUUUUUUUAAUUUUGUUUUUUAACCGCGAUUGAUGCUCACACCACUGACUGACAAUUAUGAGUCUGUGUUUCCAUGUUCUCUGUAUAACCUGCUUGGUGUCGACUGUGAUUUUCUAUGAUUCUGUUUUUCUCUUUGAGUAUUGGUGGACACUGGAGGAGUGACCACCAUUUUUAUUCUUCAUCUUUUCAAAGUAUGCAGGGGGAUGUCCAGAGUACCCUAGGGACAAUUGUAUUGAGACCUUUCAAAGGCUGGCCACAGCAAAUCAUUUCAACUGUGGUUCCCUUUUUCAGAUCUGAGGGAGCAUGAGUCACUUGCAGAAUUUGCUGUUAGAUACCCUCCUAGGGACAAAGCAUGUGGACAAUGCAGCCCUCAUCAAACUCCACGAGCGGUCCCUAUGUGUAGCAUCACCUGGAUUUAAUGUAAUGCCUGGUGAUGUCCGGACGCUUGUGAAUGGAUUCGCCAAGAACCCUUUGCAAGCCCGAAGACAAGGGUUGUAUUUCAAGGAACAGGAUUACAAAUGUGUCCGAGCAGAUGAUUAUUCUCUUUAUGCUAAGAAUGAGAACACUGGUGUGAUUGUUGUGAAGACCAAUCUGUAUCUUCUGGUAGCAACUUACACUGAGGGGAUGUUUCCUAGUGUCUGUGUGGAAGCCACAGAGAAGUUGGGAGAAUAUCUGAGAAGAAAAGGAAAUUGAGUCAUCAGAGGACUAUGAAAGGCAAAUUUUAUUAUUUUUAGAGGAAAACUAUAGAUCCUAAAGAUAAAGUAAUGCCUUAUUUUGUGGUUGAAAAACACUGAGAAGAAAUAUUGAAAAGAUAUGAAUGAAUUAAGGGAACAAUUUUCCUUAUUUUAAGAAAUCGUCUUCUUAUAAUUUAAUCAACUUUACUUGUUCUUUUUUUUUUUUAAGUGUCAGUCAUUGGCCUCCAAGAUUUCUGACUGUGUCUCCCUCACUUCUUCCUGGUCCACACAACUUAUUAUGGCCAGUGAAUGCAAGCUUCCCCACAAAAGGGUUUAGCUCCUCUUGGGUAAUAAUCAGGACAAUAGGGUUUAGAAAUUAAGGAUUUCACUGUGACACAGGAAUGGGUGCCAUUUUCCCUGGCCCCAUGUUCAUGCCAUUGACAUCUCAGAUGGCAUGGAGUACAACUCCCAGCAUGUCCAUGAACUGGACUUCCUGAAAGGAGGCUGCUAGAAAGGAAUGAGGAGUUAUUUGGAGGUUGAACUUGGGGAAGGACUGAAGCCAUGUGGACAGGUGGGCUCUUCAAAGACAAUGGCAGCUGUCAUCUUGACCUGGCGGAUUCUCCAGCUUUGAAGGCAUGGUGUGAAUUUCAGGUUUCUCCUCUCCCAGCAUCCUGAGUCCUACCCAACCUAGUGCUUGUUUUUCCCAGCCAGGAGAAAACUCAUUCUUCUGGCUGCUCACCUCUGGGAUCAAGGAGGCAUUUGCCUGUUUGGGGAGGGUCGAUUUCAGAGUUUGACUGGCAGCCUCUCCCCUACCCCUCUUUUCCCUGGGAACCUCUCCCCAGUUAAAGAUCUUUGAGCACACUAGAGUGAUCACUUUCGUUUGUGCCUGUGGGUGGCUGGACCUUUUUAAAAGAGGCAAAAUGGGGGUUUUCCCUUAACAGUUUGGGGUCCCUGAGCACCCCUCGGUUUCACCCAGUUUCAGUAAGACUCCUUUCACUUAAAAUGCCAGCCAUAACUUCUGGGUCUCUGCAAUGCCCACACAUCUGUCUGUCUUGGCUACAAACUUGGAAUUCUCUUAAAUCUACCUCAGGUUUGAUAAUUUGCUAAAAUGAUGCAAAAGUCAAGAAAGUACUAUAUGUAUGAUUACAGUUUUAUUAUGAAGGCUCCAACUCAGCAAGAGUACAGUGGAAGGCAGGGUAUUAGAAUGGGUGGACAGGGUCACAGAGCAACCAGGCAUUUUCUGGCAGACCACCCUCCUAGCACAUCAGUGUGUUCACUGACUGUAUAGCCCCCUAAACCUUAUUGUUUCAGGGAGUUUAUAUAGGAGUUCAUUAGAAUACAUAAUUGAUUAAAUUACCCACCUACUGAUUGAAUUCAAUCUCCAUUUCCUCUUCCCUCCACAGACCUCAGGAGUUGAGGCUGAAAGUUCCAACCCUCAAAGCACCUGGUUGGUUCCUCUGGUGGCCAGCCCCAAUCCUGAAGCUCUUUAGCCCCCCAUUCCCCACCAGGAGGCAUGUCAUUAACAUGAAUAACAAAAGACACUCCUCUCUCUCAAGAAAUACCAAGAAUUUUAAGAGCUCUGUCAGGAACCAAAGACAAAAUAUGUUUUUACUAUACCAUAUCUGGCCUUAAAGUCCCUGCUGUGGAAAUGGGUAUAUCUUACUAUCUCAGCCAGACUGAAGAUUAACUACUGAGUUAAUCACAAUCAUCCCAUCUUGUCCUCAGUCCUGGCUUACCAUUUGGUUUUCCAUGUAGAUCUACCUAUAAAUGAUUAAGGUCAGUUCUCAUGCCAAUGAUGGCUCCUUGUAAAUCAGCAUAUUGACACCUGGAUUUUAUGACUCAGUUAUGUCAAUUGCACUCCCAUUCUCCCUAUGCUAACAAACUGAGGUUUCACACCCACAAGUUAGAAGAUCUGGCCUGGGGCCUCCCCAGUGGC